AUGUCCAUGAGGUCUCCAUUCGUGAUUGGGUGGAGUUUUGUUUUUCGAGGCCCGAGUAGGUAUGCCAAGCCUCCGCAAAAAUCAUCAAGGAAUCGGACUACAAGGCCGAAAUUGAAUCAUAAUCCUUCUGGAAAUAUUGACGCAAGCUUCCUACCACGAACCGAUGAGGAGAAUGCCCUCUUUAUUGAGCUUGGCGUGGAGGAGUCACUUAGAGCUGAGACUUAUUUGGCGGCUUUCCUUGCAUGUUGGCUUUGCAAAUUUGUGUUCCCCAACAAGAAGAUUGACUACAUUCGUGCUAGUGUCUUCAAAAUUGCGAGUUUGAUGGCUCAUGGAGAGAAGUGUUCCUUGGCGGUUCCCGUCCUUGCAAGUAUUUAUCAUGGCUUGAAGGAGGUCUCCACUUCUCAAGAUUUGGGCGCCUGCAAAGCACUCUUUCCUAUUCAUUAUGUAUAUGGAUGGAUAGGAGCAUAUUUUGACACCUACUAUCGUGUUAAGCGUCCACAACGAGGUCCGCAGAUGUGCAAAGUUUCUGGCGAGAAGAUGGCCAAGCAUUUCGACCUUAGUAAUGCCCGUGAGUUGUUUCAACAAGUUAGUGCGCGACAGCUUCACCAUUUGGCUAUGCUACAAGGGAGGGAAUUGCAUCUUACCGAUCGUGACGAACAAUCGAAUUCUUGGAGUGACUUUUUUUUAAGUCUUCGCUCAAGCUUCAUCACCCUUAGGCAUGAUGACAUUCAUAUUGUGGAAUCUUACAGCCCGCAUAGGUUUAGUCGUCAAUUCGGCUUUUGUCAAGAUGUUCCUGGCAAACUCAUAGAGAGACCCUAUGACGGCUCGCUGAAAAUGCUAGUGCAAUUCUGGGAUUCUUGUGUUCGUCUUGGAGGUUCGUCAAAAGUUAUUGUCCCUACGCGUCCAUCAGAAGAGGGCCCUCUAAUGACUCGUGAGUAUGCAGAUUGGUGGUCAGCUCGUCGAGUGCACUCUUCCCGACAAAGCGCUCAUAUCAUUUUGAAAGUUCCAAGGAAAGAUGAUAUUCCUUUAUCCUCUAAAGAUGAUCAACGUCAAAAGGACACCCACGGAGGGUCAUCCAAGUCCAAGUUAAGAUCUAAAGAUCCUUCGCCAAGCACCAAGCUCUUAUCCGAGUCUACCCUUUCGACUGGCGGGGAUGCCCAUGUGGACAAAGGAGCUAAAAACGUUUUGUUGAGUUCCAAGACAACUACUGCCACUGUGGAGGUGACGAACAAUCCUUGCAAAAGGAAAGCGCCUCCUACUUCACCAAACAAAAAUGUUGCGAAGGAACCCAACGUCGCUCCAACAAACGAGGAAAGGACUCAAGCUUCUGCUUUGCCCAAUGAGAUUUUGAAUGUUAGUGCAACUUCCAGUUCGAACGAGAGUGAUGUUAGUCAUGACAUACAUUGGAAUCGUUCAAAGAAGAAGGCUAAGGACACGAGCCAUAGUGAGUUUGCACUUGGAUGCUCUUAG